CUGGCAGUAGACAAGGAUGGACGUGUAUCGAGGUUACAUGCUCAUCUGCCCGUACGUUGUGUUCUUCAUCGUAUUUGCUAGACAUGCUAUUCCCAUGUGUCACCAGCAUUCCUAUGUGCGCAUCCAAGAUCUUCAGGACAAGGUAGCCGAAAUUGAGCCACUCUGGAAGGACAAGAAGUUUCAUACACGGGGCUGUGCAGAAAGGUGUUACAGAGACUCCAAGUGUGUCUCUUUCUUCUACAACGCUUUGUCUGGUUCAUGUCAAGGACACACAAAGAUUUACACCAGCCACGACAUUCUGGUUCCUAAACCGGGCUUCAAGUACUCCAUUGAUGGUCUUUAUGCCAACAAUGCAAGUUACAGUGACUGUGAAGAUAUUAUGACUCGGUCCCCUUCCCUGAAAUCUGGCAUCUACGUCGUCAACCCUCCUGGUGGACAUGAGCAGUUCCAAGUCUACUGUUAUUCUGGAACAAGAAUAUGGACGGUGAUCCAAAGACGACAGGACGGAUCUGUAAACUUUUACAGAACCUGGAACGAGUACAAGGAAGGGUUUGGUGACCUGAAUGGAGAGUUCUGGCUAGGCAAUGAAAAGAUAUGGCGUAUUAUGCACGGACGGCAGUACCAGUUAAGAAUAAAGCUCCGGGACUUUCAAGGUGAACCCAAAAGGGCUGACUACAGAGAGUUCUCCAUUGGUAGUCUGGCUGACAACUAUGUUCUACACAUCUCUGGCUUCACUGGCAGCGCAGGUGACUCAAUGAUAGGUCACGGCGGCUGCGCCUUCUCCGCCCGAGACCGCGACCUCGACACCCAAUCCUUCAGCUGCGCCCAAUCAUACAAAGGUGGCUGGUGGUACUGCGCAUGUCACGAAGCAAACCUGAACGGGGAAUACAACAACACAAAGUUCGCACAGGGCAUCAACUGGAACACCUGGCAUGGCUAUUACUACUCUCUGAAAAACACAGAGAUGAGAAUACGACCGUGCUGUUAAUACUGUGUGCACCAUAGACAUUCAUGACCAACUCGUGCCGUCCGGGGACAAGACUAUUGGACCUUCUUGAAGGUUACGGAAAGUCUGAUGCCGUCCGGGGACAAGACUAUUGGACCUUCUUGAAGGUUACGGAAAGUCUGAUGCCGUCCGGGGACAAGACUAUUGGACCUUCUUGAAGGUUACGGAAAGUCUGAUGCCGUCCGGGGACAAGACUAUUGGACCUUCUUGAAGGUUACGGAAAGUCUGAUGCCGUCCGGGGACAAGACUAUUGGACCUUCUUGAAGGUUACGGAAAGUCUGAUGCCGUCCGGGGACAAGACUAUUGGACCUUCUUGAAGGUUACGGAAAGUCUGAUGCCGUCCGGGGACAAGACUAUUGGACCUUCUUGAAGGUUACGGAAAGAUGCGAUUGGGGAUGAAUACUCAACAGUCAGAUGCCUUUUAAUUUCUGGUCGUUUUUUUUGUUUAAAACAUUUUUGUUGCUGAUGAUGCUGGACAAAGUGUAUUUAUUUGAAGAAAUAAGAUAAAUCGCACUCUUGACAUGCUGAAUGCUCUGAAAAAUAAUGUUGGUGGUUUUUUCCAGAAACUGCUUGCCUCCUUAUUUUAGAGAAGCGUUGAAUAAAAAAAAUGAUUCUUCUAAAAACAAAAAUCCCAAUACCACCAAAAUCGGUAACUUCCUUUCAUGCUUAUUCAGUGUAGGAAUGAUAAUUUGUAAUUUACCUUUUUGGAUGCACAAUCUUCACAUUUGAAAAUAUGAUAUGCACAUUGAUAUGUUUCACACUACAUGCACACAUAAUCGUUUCGUUUAGUUUUUGAAAGCUGUGAUCAGCAAUAUUCCAGCAAUUUGAUGUUAGCCUGUAAAUAGUCCUCCCCGCUUCGAGCAACUGUGGUAUACAUCAGUAUAACUCUUGUCUUAACAUCAGGAUGAUCUAAGUAACUUCUAACCAAACAGAACAAAUGUUCUUUACAAAUCAUGUGUUAACUGUCUCGCUUGAUCAUUGGAAACAAAACCGACUUUUUAACAUGAGACAGAAAGCCAUAAUUUGCAGCAUAUUUUUAGAAGUUCAACGCCAAUUGGUUUGUGUCCCAUUCGAGUUAUUCCGUUCAACUUCCGUAUUUUCGAAAAACAGUUAAUACCCUUUGCGUUGUUGUGUGUUUAAACAUGACAUUAUGAUCGUUGUUUGGAUAACGACCGGUCACGGGAAUGUUAGGUCGGUUAGGUCUACUAUCGCCUACAGUGCGUCCCCUGGGGUGCGCACCAUGCUGGAACUGUACCAGUUUGUUUCUCUCGGUCUUCUCCAGUUGCUGCAACACUCGGAUCAAGUCGAAGAUGUUUGGAUGGACACGCUUGACCGUCUUCUUGAGGUGACUGUGCCAUCCUUCUAGAUGUUUGUUUGUCCUUGGACCUGUGUUGUCACCGUGGUUCCAAAUUGUAUGACUGGGCCUUCAUACUUGAUUAAAUGUUGUUACUGA